CCUUCCAUUGGCAUCGGAGGACUGCAGUUUGGAACCUGUGAUGGAGGUGCAAAGCAUCGCCAGGGAGGAUGGAUAAACAGCCUCUGCAGUCAUCCAAAAUUAACAGAGAAAAUGAUGCCAUUGCCUCUGAAAAUAACAUCCAGCAACUGAGACCAUCUGAAGAGGGGGAAGGAAAGGAAGUUUUUUCCACUGUUGGGGAAACAAAGAGUCAGAGCUGCAAAGGGGGUGAUGAUUUGUCAGACUCUUUCAAUGAAAGUAAAGAGCAGGAAUAUCCAACUGCAUCAGAACAAACAGUUGAGAAAAUAAAAGUUUCAACUGUUUUUUUCUGCACGUUCACCUCAGUGAAGUUGUGGAGUCUUGGGCGUCAUCUGAAAACCCAUUCGGAUGAGAAACAUCACGCGUGUCACCUCUGCCCCAGCUUCCGUACAGCAGCCCUGCUGCACAGCCGUAACACACACACAGGGAACAAACCCCAUAAAUGCAGUGAGUUUGACACAGCCUUUGUGACCCGAGGGGAACUUGCACGACACAGGAGGUACAAGCACACUUUGGAGAAGCCUUUCAAGUGCACAAUAUGUGAAUACUCCAGUGUGGAAGCCAGCAAGAUGAGGCGCUGCGUUCGCUCGCACACGGGAGAGCGGCCCUUCCCCUGCCACCUGUGCAGCCAUGCCAGCAAAGAUGCCUGCAAGCUGGAGAGGCACGUGUUAACUCACACAGAUAAAAAAUGCUAUGAGUGUUAUGUUUGCCAGGCCAGAUUCACUCAGAGAGGCACCAUGAAAAUCCAUGUGUUACAGAAACAUGGAGAAAAUGGGCCAAAACACCAAUGUCCCCAUUGUAGUGCUUUCCUUUCUCGAAAAAGUGAUUUGGGUUUACAGAGUAAUAUAUGUAAGCAUGCUGAAAAUCGUGGAUUGGUGAGGGCAAAAACUGCUACACCCAGAAAAGGAAGGAAAGGCAAAAAUAAAAUCCAUGAGAACCCGAAGCGUGCUAAGGCAGAAGUUGCCCUGAAAUUAUUCCCAGAUGACUCUACUGUGAAAAAUGAACAUUGUGCCAGUGAGAUUGUUCCUGUUUCAGAUGGGACAGAAACAGCAACUCCAAGGGAACACAGAGCAGAAGCAGCUCAGUAAAUGGAUCCUCAGCAUGAUGGACAAACAAUGCACAAACAGACUGGUCUUCCUUGUUCUCAGUAGUUGUAACUCAAAGUGUGGCACUACCUCCAGUUAGAAAGGUGGAAAAGAUGCUGGUUGGAAGCUGUUGAAGCCCUUCUCAUGUGCUCAUGUUUCUUCUGGCUGCAGUUUCUACUGUGUGACCUAAAUACCAUUGCAAAUUAUGAAAAUUAGAGGCAACUUUCACCUGGUUUAUUACAUACAGGUAAUAACAGAA